AUGAGGGCCCAGUGGGUCGAAGAGACGGCACUGGAGACUGUCCAGGCUCCAAACUGCCUGUUAGGCAUUGUCGUUGGCCCUGGGGGGUCCACCGUGAAAAAAAUAAUCGACCAAUACAAGGUGCAGGUGCGUGUUCCUCGGAAGGGGUCAAAGGAUGAGCCCAUCCUGGUUGAAGGCAAAAACAAAACUCUCGUUAAGGAAGCCGCCCUCCACAUAAAGGCGAUGAUUGACGAGGAGAAGGAGCGGCGUCGGGUCACCACACCAGUAAGCCGAACGCUCUUCAUCCCCAAGGCCCUACACGGGAAGAUCAUCGGUCAUCGUGGUCAAAACAUUCGACCCAUUAUUCAAUCACUGAAAAUAAAUAUCGUAUUUCCCAAUAAAAAUAACAACAAUGAUGAAGUUAUCAUCACUGGUCUGCCUAAUAUGAAAUUGGACCAGGGCAUAGGUCACCUCUUAAGCCUGGUGACCAGCUUCCCCAUGUAUGGCCUGAGGACAUAA